AAGCCGCUAGCUGGCCCAUCCAUCCAUCCAACCUCCCUCCCUCCCUCCACCCUUCCUCCGUCCGUUCCAACCUCCAGCCCACCGGUCGGUCUGACCCGGCACCCGGUGGCUAACGACAUGGCGGCUCUGGCACCCGAUUCGAGCGCCUCGACCGUGGUGGGGGGCGUGUCGGUCGGGGCGGGGGGCUCGGAUGAGGCCAUCCCGGUGGUGUACGGGCAGGAUGGCGAGCAGUACGUGACGGUGGUGCAGGAUGGCCAGACGUACGCCAUUCCCUAUGAGGAAUAUCGACAGAUGCUCGAGCAAGAAGGCAGUGUGACCGUGCAGGCCACGCCAUUGGAGAUGCUGGCCGAAGGCGGGGCCAUGGUCACGCCCGUGAUCCAGGCCGAAGCACCCCCGGAACCGGUGGUGAAAGCGGAGUCCGAGCCUGUUGAACCUCCUGGGGCACCUCCGGCUAAUCCUUCGAAUUUUCAUCCCGUUUAUCUCCAAGGUGGUCAAACAUCGGGCACGAGUUUCUUGAACCGCAGCGACCUCGAAGUUCAGAAUCUAAAGCCGAUUCGGGUAGACAAUUGGGGUAUAUUUCUGCUUAAUCGUCUGCAAACCUGCUUCCAAAACAAGGAGUUUUGCGAUUUGGCGUUGCGAUUUCCCAAUCAAAAUGCCCAAAUCAAAGUGCACAAAUUGGUGAUGAACGCGUGUUGCAACUACUUCACGAAGAACGAAGCUGAGGGCAACAUCAUUGAUGGUGUGUUGGAUAUGCCCACCUCAUUUACCCCUGAAGCCGUGGCGCCGGUCAUUCGAUUCAUGUACACGGGCAAGCUAGACAUCAAAUACGGCAUGUUCUCCAAAUUGAAGGAGACCGCGGCGGAAUUGGGUCUAGAAGUAUUGAGCAAACUCAUGGACGCCCAAUUAAACGCCCCCCAGAAAACGGGACCGAAGAAGCGCAAGGGCCCGGAGAACGAUCCCCUCAAGCAGAUCAAACGCAUCAAGCAGAUCGAAAAGCGAUUCUCCAACGCCGAAAAACGAGCCAAGAUCCAAGCCAAACGUGCCGCGGCUCAGCAAGAUGAAGCUGAAAUGAAGGCCAACACUGUGCCUGGGAAGAAGUUGCCCAUUUGGAAACGUCGUUCCACGAACCCUCACGAUGCAGAAAUGCCAGAGGAGUCUCCCACAAAAUCUCCCACGCCCAACGCCAAAGAACCUCUAAAACUCACUCCAGUCUCAGGUCCACCUCCCGGUGCCAAACUCGUUCGCUUGAAAGGACCGCCUCCUACGAACCUAACCCCGAUAUCGUCGCUUCCACAUAAAUCCAAACUCACUCGAGUGUCGGGUCCACCUCCAUCUUCGAUUCAACCCGCCCAGCCACCCUCCCAAACACCCGCCCAGAAAAUGAAUGCCUCCAAGGCCUACAGUCGUUCGGGAAACAAUCUUUCGAGCAAGCCCAAGAUUCCUCGACAAAUCCGAGAAAUUCAAGAGAAUCUCAAUUUCGAGAAAAUUCGCAAAACGGGAGUGAGGAACCCUGUGACCCCGGCCGUGUAUGAGGCUCCACCCAAGAAGGACAUGAGUGUAGAUGAGCUCAAGGAAUUCAUGGCUGAACAGCGGAAGAGGUACAGUGAAUUGGGAGAGGAUGAUACCGAGAUCAAUGAUGACGAAUAUUUCGAUAAUGACGCGGGUUUGGAUUACGAAGAUCAAGAAGUCGAAGAGGAGGAGGAAGCAGAGCAAUUAGAGGGGAAAUCAAUGGUGACCCCAGAAGUUGCCACGCCCAAGCCCAUCCUCAAAUCAGCCGAGAAGGUGGAUGAUUCUACGCCGAGAAAAUCCGUGCGAUUCUCACUUCGAGCCACGCCUGCCUCAAACAGAGACGUUCCUCAAGCAUCGCCUGAAAAAACACCCGCUCAAAAUCCACAAGCUCUCUCCACACCUUCUUACUUUGUUCCUCAUCAACAUCCUUUGGACGCCACUCUGGACGAGUUCAAUAAAGCCGUUGAAGCUGAGAAUGAAUCCAAGCCUACACCGCCUUCUGAAUUACCUGUGGCCAGGAAAUCGAUCGCUACUGGACCUCGUGUAAUGCGGAAAAACCCUCCAAACCCACCGAAAGCCAGUGUCACUCAAGAAUUUUCCCGUCAAUCCGGAGUGAUUGACAUGCUUCCCGUCGCUUCCGCUUCAGAAAGAGACGCUAGUACAAUGGUUGCGCCUUGGUCGGAUGUUCAUCCCCCGGGUUCAUCUGAAGAUUCCACUUCCAAUGUGCUUCCGUACCCCAAUUCUGCUCUUGAGCAAAGUGGUCAUUCUGAAGAAGCCCUUCGUCCAAGUCUCGAUAUUGCCGAACUCACAGCAGAGCUUCUCAAGAAUUACCCUCAUUUGCUGCAUACCAACCCCUCUGUCUCCCUCAAGGUCCAUUCGGACAACGUUGUUCAGUACCUCACAUUGAAAUCCUCCCAAGAGGGCGGAGAGACAGUGGUGACUGCGUCUGUCUCCGACCAUUGUGACGAGGAGCCUUUGAUUGUGGACAAAGAAUCCAGUGUAGUGUAUAUGGGGGUUCGCGGUCGACCCAAGAAGGUCCAAUUGCCAAAGGCUGAUCCGUGUUCACCUCAACGGAAGGGCUUGAAUGAAAAAGUCCGACCCCUAAAAAGUGGCACCUUCCGAAGGGAGGUGAUGUUGGACAAGGUGUCCACCGCCCAUGUCAAAGUAUUUACAAUCGAGCCUGUCAAGGAGAUUGAGACCCCUCCCACAACUACCUUGGCCGUCGUGACCGAAGCUGUGACUGCAAGUAUGACCAAUGGAGUGGCCGUUAUUGUUCCCUCAAGUGACCUUGAGCAGCUCCAGAACCAAACGAUAUUGGUCAAUUGUACGGAGCUUGGGGCCGAUCCCAAAGGUGAACAAGUGUCUACUGCGGAAGAGGAAAUGUCAUCCAAAGCCUCAGACAAGGAAGAAACAUCGAAUCCGACCAAGAAAAAUGUGUCCGAUCUGGCUUUGGAUUGGGAGGAUGAAACAGAAGUACGUCUGAUCUUCGACUUCAUUGAUUUCAGAUUGAAGAUGUCCCCUCCGGCGGCCGUGGACUUUAAAUCGAUUAGCAUCGGUAAUUGGCCACAACAUCUCAGCCAGAAAUUCGUUCAAUUCCUCGACAAGGAGUCUUUUUUCGAUAUCUAUUUCAUCUUUGAGUCUGGCGAGAAAGUGGGUGCUCAUAAAGUAGUCGUCAUGGCCUCCACAGAGUUCUUUAUCCGAUAUGAAUCUCGAAAUAAUGAAAUCCGUAUGCCAUCUGGCAUUGAGGCUCAUGAAUUCAUCGCUCUCCUCAGAUUUAUGUACUCGGGAAAGAUCCUGAUAAACAAGAGCAAUUGCCACAAGCUUCUCCAAGCCGCGAAUAUCAUUGAACUUAGUUCGUUGGCAAGUCGUCUCGAGCCAUACCUCAAAGAAUUCGCUGAAAGUGACACGCCUUUUCGCUUUGAGACAUCUUUAAAGAAACGUAAUCUGUUUCAAACCCUCUCCAAUUCAAACUCUGAAGAAGUGCCGUGCAAAUCUCCUCGAACCGAUUUCGACGCUUCCGAAUCAUCCCUUACUUCCAUUGCAUCCAAACCAUCAACGGCUGUUUCGAUGCCUCCCAAUCGACUCACCACGACCAAAGUGCUACAUAAAUACGAAGACACUUGCCCUUCUCAGCAGCCCAAAGCUCCGAGUUUGACUCAUAGGAUCACCCAAUUAGUUGGUCAGUUGUUGAAGGACGAUCCGAAUCUGUUUGUCCGAGAGCCCGAGAUCAAAUUGAGGCUAGUUCAGAAGAAUGAGAUCUCCAAGACUGACCAAAUUCGAUAUGCUACGGUUCGAUUUAACAUCACGGACGGCAAAAACCAAUUGAGAAUCCACUUGGAUCCAAUAUUGGACCCUGUGGCGCCCCAAGGACCUUUCACUUGUCACCGGUGCUUCAAUGCAGACCGCUCAAAAUUGACAUUUUCCACAUACUACGGGUGUCGAUAUCACCAUGAAACGGUCCACAAGAUCAAGUUUAAUCCUUUGACUUGUCAGCAUUGUGGUAACAAUUUCAAACGCAAGGUCAACUUCGUCUACCACAAGUUCGUGAAGCAUGGUAUUCCACCCAUCAAGCCUUUCAACUUUCCCAAAUGUUCGCAAUGCAAUUAUUUCGCCUUAGAUGCUGAGCAUCUAGAUAAGCACGUCCAAGAAAGCCAUGGAUCUCCGACUGUAGAGUCCAAUCAGUUCAACCCCGAAGAUGAAAGCCGACAUUUUACAUUGAGUUUAGACCAAGAGGAAUCUCGGACAUUGGCCAAACAAACCAAUGUCUACGGGUCCGAGUUUGUCCCCCAAAAUGACGAGGACUUUCAGCCGCUUGAAAAUCAGAAUGAGCCGCCUCAGAAUUCGAACUUGAUGAUGAACGAGACCUCGGAGCUGAUCAAUAUUGCGGUUCCAGUGAUUUGCGGAACCAAUGGGUAUGAUUUGUCUGGAAAUCGGCCGAUAUUUGUGGUGGCAUCCGGACCCACGGAACCUACAAACCCGUAUACAUAAUUUCAAUUAUACUCCCCCGAAUCGUGUGUGGUGCUACGUAUAAUGUCAAUAAUGUCAAAUAAAUGUGUCAGCAAGA